AUGGACAGCAAACAACACGAGGAUCCAGCAUCGGAACGUGGUAAGGACAAUGAGGUAUCGACUCGAGAUGCAUCGGUUGCAUUCUUGGAGAAUCAAGGAGCUGUCGUGAAGAGCAAGUCACCAUCAAAUGCAGCUCUACUGAAAGCAGGGCUGAAGACGAAUUUAUCCCCGUCAGAGGCAACAGCACAGUUGCGUGUGCUAUGCCGUAAAUUUGCUGCACUCACGGAGAAAGUGAAGGAGGAAACGAAAGUUCGUGAAGCUGCGGAGCGGGAAGUUCGUCGACUGAAAGCGCUCCUCGGCAACGAGGCAUCACCUGUAGUUGCAUCCUGCCGAGCUGAGACGCAAGCUUACGUACGGGAACUUAAAGAGACUGUGGGCAAAUUAAAACGUGAGCUACGACUCGAAAAAGAGAAGAACGAACGAACUGUAGCGAAGGCGUUAGAGCUCGAACGUGAGAAGAGUGCACUAUUGGCUUCGCCGUCUCCUCCGACCCAACCAAGCCCCAUGCGUGCCACAAGUUCUCAACAAGAUACUUCGAGUAGCAGUUUAAAGCAUCAUUCAGCUUGGGAUAAAGAGCAGGUGAACAAGAUACAGUCAACGCUGAAGCUCACGAUCGAGGAGCUUGAAGACGAGCUGUCACGCAAAGAGGAAGAGAUUCAAACGUAUCGCGAGCGAUCUCAGCGCGAUAGAGCUCGUAUCAAAGCGCUCGAGGACGAAAUCCAUGCAAGGGAUAACGCACAGCGUGCGGCUCAGGAGGCUCGGCGACAGCUUGAAGCAGAUUUACAACAAGCUCAGACCGAGAUCACCAACGAGUUAGAAAACAUGCAGCGUAUCCACGAUCAGGCACGAGAAGAUCGAGCGAUGCGUGAGACUCUGGAGCAGCAAUUGGUCACACUGGGCGAAGUGAACGCUGCACUGGAGCAGCGGAGUCGUGCACUUGUCCGUCGACUUGAACUCGCAUCUGCUGCGACGCAGGAGUGCCAAGAUCUCAAGAUGCAACUUCGUGAUGCCGAAGUGGACAACGAGACUUUGAUGCAAACGAUCCGACAUCUGAAGGACGAGCAGUUCACCCGCGAAAAGGACUGGAAGGUGCGACUGGAAAGCGUAAAAGAUGAAAAAUCUCAAGUGGAGCAGCAAGUAUGCGAGCUUCAAGAAGACCUGGCGUCGCUCCAAGCUCAGAACUCCCUCUUUUCCGAGUGGAUGCUUGUUCGCAAUGAAAACACGAUUGCAGCACAGCGAGACGCACCUCAAGAUCAGGAGUACUCACAGCAGCGAGAUCAAACGAGACAUCGAUCCACUUCACCCAAGAGUAAGCACAAGAAUGCGUGGCGUUUGGAGCAAGAGUAUGAAGCCGAUUGUAGUAGCAAUGGCAACUACGCAUUCCGUCGUGUCGACCACGACGUGUCGCCGCACAGUCGCUCCAAUUUGCACGGAGGUCGACCCAAUUCUCCGCAAAGCGUUCGCAGUGAACACGAUGACGAUCCUCACUAUAUGAUCCCCGACACAAGCACCAGGUCUCGUCCGGGCUCACCCAGGCAAAGAUCGUCACGAAAGUGGCAAUCGACCACCCGUUCAAGUCAUCGUGUGCGUCAUCACAACAUGGAACGGGUCAAGCCACUAUCCCCACGCUCACCGCAUGAUAGAAUGCAGCGAAAGACAUCCACGACAUCUUUGUCGUCCGUGUGUUCGUCAGCUACCAGUGCAGCAGCUUCGUCGUCCUCUUCCGACCACGAACGACUGCGGAAACUAAUGAGCCGCAACCGCGAAUUGCAGCAACGACUGCAACAGGAAACCAUGGCCACGCAAAAUCUAGAGCGGGAGAUAACCAACAUGACGUCGUAA